GCUGCUGAUCGCGUCAGAGUCGGGGCGAGAGUCAGGUUGGGCUGGCAGGAGCUGUCGCUCCCUCGGUGAGCCGGUGAGGCAGUGGGAGUGGCUGACUCACCCUAGGCAACCCUAUGGAUGGACCUUCAUCAGCAUACUCAUUUGCCUGUCCUUCAUGUUCCAGAGCUUCAUACCUAUUGUGCAAGGGGACCUGGGAAGCACAAUGGCUGACAAUAAAGCAAAGCCGACCAAACCUGCAAAUAAGACUCCUCCAAGGUCUCCUUCAGAUCCAACUAAGGACCGAGCUGCAAAACGAUUAUCCUGUGAUUCAAAUAGCUCCCAUGAGGGAGCUGUGGCAGGAGAAAUAAGUGCUCUGGAAGAGGCCUUUAGAAAAUUUGCUAUCCAUGGUGAUACAAGAGCCACAGGAAAAGAAAUGCAUGGGAAGAACUGGUCUAAGCUGUGUAAGGACUGUCAGGUGAUAGAUGGGAAGAAUGUGACAAUCACAGAUGUUGACAUUGUCUUCAGUAAAAUCAAGGGAAAGUCUUCUAGAACUAUUAGUUUUGAACAAUUUAAAGAAGCUCUUCAGGAACUCUCCAAGAAGCGAUUUAAAGAAAAAAGUGAUGAGGAAGCAAUUCAAGAAAUAUAUAAACUAAUUGAAGGAAAAGCACCAAUUAUAUCUGGAGUAACGAAAGCGAUUUCUUCUCCAACUGUGUCACGCCUUACAGAUACAUCAAAAUUCACGGGUUCUCACAAAGAGAGGUUUGAUCCCAGUGGGAAAGGAAAAGGCAAAGCUGGCCGAGAAGAUCUGGUUGAUACUUCAGGAUAUGUAUCUGGCUAUAAGCAUGCAGGCACAUAUGAUCAUAAAGUACAAGGAAGCAAGUAAGGCUUGAAGGUUUAAAAUACAGGGGGAGAAAGGGAAAGAGAGAAUAUAUUUUUAAGAAUGACAUAGAUGAGUCCCACGUGUUUCAGUUAUUGUGAAUGCUAAGACUAUGUGUUCAAGAAGUUUUUUUCAGAAACUGGAACUGAUUUUAACAUCUGCUGAGCAACUUGCAGCAUAGCACCACUUCAUUACAUUCCUUAUGUGUAUAUUGGCAAAAGAAAACGUACCAGUACAAAAAGGACAUCAUUUUGUUGAGCUCUUUAGACACAAAGAAAAAAGCAAUGUCAAGAGCUGUUAUGCCACACUUUGUCAAUCCGAGCAAAAAAUAAAAAAUAAAUUAAAAAAAAAUUCAAACAUUCCUAAAUAUCCAGUUGCUCUGAGGUUGUAGAAGAGAACCCUCUGAAAAAAGGUUCUUUCAUAGCAGCAUUUCUGAAAAGUAUGCCAUUACUUAGGCAGUUUGAUUUCACUACUGUUCUGGGGCUUUUAAAAAAAUGUCUUUUAUGGGAUCUGGCACUUUCCUUAAAAGAUUCAACAGUGUAUUAUUGUGGAGUAAGUUGUUGUAUUAUAUAAGGCGCUAAUCUGUAAAUUUCAUACACCAUUUAUGAAAACUGAAAAGAAAAAAAAAAGGAAAAACAUAUUUUUGUGACAAUACAGGUUCUGAUGUAUUUAUGUCAGCAGAAGGAGGUGGCAAAUACCAA